GCGAAGGAAGCCAUUGCGAACUUUGAUGUUCGUCUGUGUCAAGUAGUAGCGGCGCCCUCUGUUCCCCAUUUCUACUCUGUUUUCUGCACCGUCUCCUUCUUCUCUUCUUCUAAUUUGCUUUUUCUUCGCCAUUUUUCUCUCUCGUUGUCUGAAAGCAAUGGAAAUCCGCCACUCUUAUUGACCCAAUUUGGUUCUCUCUCUCUUUGUUUCCUCCGAGGCAUUUUCAGGGCUCAAUAACCGCUGCAAUUGCAAACUCUGAAUCUGAGAGCUUCUUCUUUUUUUUUUCCCAGGGUUUUGUGGUUCUACUGACUGUUAUGCGAGUAAGAGGUUGAAAGUAGAAAAUGGCGGAUAAGGAAGGAACGGAACAGGUUGUUUUACGGAUUUUGGACUCCGAAGGAGCGGUUGAUGGAACUAAAGAUCACACUAAACGCUCUGUUGCUUCCCAUCCUGAUUUUGAGCUUAAGGAAACUCGGAGUAUUAGGUGCACAAUACCGCAGUCUGGGGUUGGGAGCUCUCCUUCGCCGGAGAUUGCCAGAAUGAGUCCCCUUAAACCUCCAAAAAUUCCAGUCGAAUCGACAGUUCGGCGCCCAUCAUUUGCUCGUUCGUCAUUUUCCAAGCCUAAAUCAAGACUAGUAGAGCCGCCUUGUCCCGGUGGUGCAAAUUUGGCAGAAGAUAAGGCCCAAGCGAAAUCAACAUCUGGUUCACCGUACAAUAACUCCCCUGCUAAGAUUACCACCGCCACUAGUCCUCGAGAUGCUUUGAAGUCGGCCCCGAUAACUCCCAAGACUCCAUUGAUUGGAUCUAUUGGAAGUGAGGAGGAAGAUGAUGAAGAGGUUUACAAAACUGCAGAAUUGAAGGUGAAAGAGAGAUCAGGGAGAAAGUUGAAAAUCACCAUCUUGAUCGAAUGGGUUGCUUUUUUGUGCAUAACAGGGUGUUUCAUUGCUAGCUUAACGAUACACAAGUUGCAGACUACAGAGAUCUGGGGAUUGGGACUGUGGCAAUGGUGUGUGCUGGUAUUAGUAAUUUUCUGUGGUCGUUUAUUUUCGCAAUGGUUUAUCAAUUGUCUGGUUUUCUUGAUUGAAAGAAACUUUCUACUCAGAAGAAAGGUUCUUUAUUUUGUCUAUGGGCUGAGGAAGAGUGUUAUAAUUUUUAUUUGGUUGGCCUUGGUUCUUCUGGCAUGGGGUCUAUUAUUUGAUCAUAGCAGAAAGAGAUCUAAGAAAGCCAAUGAUAUUCUGAAUUAUGUUACACGAGCUCUUGCUGCAUCUCUUGCUGGAGCAGGCUUGUGGCUGCUGAAAACUCUGUUGGUGAAGAUACUAGCCGCUUCUUUUCAAUGCACUCGGUUCUUCGAUCGGAUUCAAGAAUCGAUCUUCCAUCAGUAUAUCCUGCGCACUCUAUCAGGACCCCCACUGAUAGAGAUGGCAGAGAGGGUUGGGAGAACAGCAAGCACAGGGCAAUUGAGUUUCAGGCAUUUGAAGAAACAAAGCGAUGGUGGGAACGAAGGGAAGGAAGAGGUGAUCGAUGUUGAUAAGCUCAAAAAGAUGAAACAAGAGAAAAUCUCUGCUUGGACCAUGAGAGGGCUGAUCAAUGUUAUAAGGAGUUCAGGGCUGUCCACCAUCUCUAAUACAAUAGAGAAUUUUAAUGAGGAAGAGAGUGAGCAAAAAGAUAAGGAGAUCAACAGUGAAUGGGAGGCAAGGGCUGCAGCUUACCAAAUUUUCAGGAAUGUGGCGAAACCCGGUAGCAAGUAUAUUGAUGAAGAGGACCUCUUUCGUUUUAUGAGUAAGGAGGAGGUUGAGAAUGUGCUCCCGUUGUUUGAAGGAGCAGUCGAGACCGGAAAAAUCAAGCGAAAAACGCUGAAGAAUUGGCUGGUGAACGUUUAUGUCGAACGCAAGUCGCUCGCCCACUCGUUGAAUGACACCAAGACUGCAAUAGAGGAGCUAAACAAGCUUGCUUCAGCAGUUGUUCUGAUAGUGAUUAUCAUUGUAUGGCUGCUUCUGAUGGGUCUCUUGACAACGCAAAUACUUGUCUUCAUUUCAUCUCAGCUUCUGCUGGUGGUUUUCAUGUUUGGUAACACUGCCAGAACUGUGUUUGAAGCCAUCAUAUUCGUAUUUGUGAUGCAUCCAUUCGACGUGGGGGAUCGUUGUGUUGUAGAUGGUGUACAGAUGGUUGUGGAAGAGAUGAACAUUUUGACCACAAUUUUCUUGAGAUUUGACAAUGAGAAGAUCUUCUAUCCAAAUUCAGUUCUCGCCACCAAACCCAUCAGCAACUUCUACAGAAGCCCCGAAAUGAGCGAUUCGAUCGAAUUCUCUGUCGACUUUUCCACAUCAAUUGAAAGCAUUGGAGCUCUAAAAGCAAGAAUAAAAUCAUACCUGGAAAGCAAACCGCAGUUCUGGCGGCCGGGCCACAGCGUCGUCGUCAAGGAGAUCGAGAACGUUAACAAGAUGAAGAUGGGUCUAUACGUGAAUCACACCAUAAACUUUCAGAACUACGGCGACAAGAGCAGUCGGAGAUCGGAUCUAGUGUUGGAGCUGAAGAAAAUUUUGGAAGAACUGGGCAUCAAGUACCAUCUCCUACCUCAAGAAGUGUAUCUCAACUCUGUGGGUUCAGCAGCUCCUAUGGUGCCCCCAUCGCCGAGAUGAAAUUGAAGAAACAUUCUUUCAAGUCACUCAUUUUUUUGGGGUCUCAUGUUCUGUUGCCUCAGCCUUCUGGUUUUGUCUUUGCUUCAAAUGGCUUCAAUGGAAACGAGAGGGCUGAAGAUGAUGUUUGUAAUUUGAGCUGUAUAAGGGGAAAGGAAAUGUAUAAUAUUUAAU